AAAAUUUUCUUCAAAAUAUCAAAAUACAAAACAAAAAAAAAAGACACAUGACACAAAUUUUCUCACAAAAUUCAACAUGUCUCAAAAAGAAAAUAAACAAUUCAAUCUAAAUAAAUGUGAUAAUUUAAAUAAACUUCGUGAUAUUUUACUCCAAAUUAAUUGUGCAACAAAAUCAAUUCAAGUUCCACUAGAAUCACACGCUCAAGAACUAUUUGCAGAGUACUUUCAGUCGUUGUUUACAUUUUACGAUGAAAAAUUUAUCAACAAGAAUAAAGGUUUACCAACCACAGAAGCAUCUGCCAUUCCUCCAACAGAUGAGGAUCUUUGGAUUUUUGGUUACGGCUCAUUAGUUUGGAAGGCCGACUUUCCUUAUAUCGAUAAAAAACAAGGUUAUAUCGAAGGUUAUCAGAGACGUUUCUUUCAGCACAGCAUUGACCAUCGGGGAACACCCGAGAAGCCAGGAAGAGUUGUCACUCUUAUACCCUCAAAUGAUAGUCAAUCAAGGGUAUAUGGUGUUGCAUAUAGAAUAGCUAGAGACCAGAAGAAAGAUGUUCUAGCACAUUUGGACUAUCGUGAAAAGAAUGGCUAUGAAAGGAAUACUUUGAGAUUUAUUGAAUUCAAUUCAAGUGUAACUUUUGAUAUAAUCAUGUACAUUGCCACAAAUGAAAAUGAUUCAUUUGCUGGGGGCAAUGAUGAUGAUUUGCAACCGAUUGCCGAUCAGAUUUAUACAACUGCCGGUCCAAGUGGACCAAAUCGAGAGUAUUUGUAUUUUUUGGCCAAUGCAAUGAGAGAACUUUUCCAGGGAGUGGUAGAUGAGCAUCUGUUUAAGCUCGAAGAGCUGGUAAAGCGACGCGAAAGAAAAGAUGAAAUGCUGGCUGAUGUGAUUAAAUCGAAAAUUCUUAAGAUUCUAGAAAUUCAAGAUAUUGACGAUGCUGUUGAAGAAUUUAAAGAACUAUUAGCCAAUUGUAAUCAGAAGACAUAUUUAGAUGAAUUAGUUACUGACAUUCAAUGUGAUAGAUGAAAGCAUAAUUAAAUCAAUUACUACAUUUAUUAUAAAAAAAGAAAUUAAAAGACAAACAAAUAAUUUUUUGCU